GGGCCGUUAGGGAUUCGUGUGAUUGUGAUUUGAUCUGGCCAUACAUUGUCAUCGACAUUUCUGAGCAUACAAAUUCUAGAAACGCCAUACGCCGGAGUCAAAAGGGUGUUUUGUGUCUGAUAAGAGUUCGAGAUCAUCUCAAUGGCGUCGUCAAAAUUGGUUAAAGCGAUUUUGGAUCCUAAGAAAAAUUGGUUCGCCGCUCUUCACAAGAAAACCAUCGCCACUCGCCUUAGCAAAUACGGGUUGCGAUAUGAUGAUUUGUACGAUCCGAUGGAGUGUCUGGAUAUCAAGGAAGCACUGGCAAGGCUGCCUCGUGAGAUUGUUGAUGCUAGAAACCAGCGUCUCUUACGCGCCAUGGAUCUCUCCAUGAAGCACGAGUACCUUACUGCAGAUCUCCAGGCGCAGCAGACACCAUUUAGGAGUUAUCUAACUGACAUGCUGGCCCUGGUAAGGAGGGAGAGGGCGGAACGUGAGGCUUUGGGAGCAUUGCCUCUCCAGCAGCGCACGCUACCAUAGUUUCUUCAUUAUACUCCCUGCCAACCUACCCUACGUGAAGCUUUUUGGUUUCGUAAUAAGCGGUAAUUCCCUUUCGUUAGCAACAAUAACAUUUAUUGGUAAUUGAUCUUUGUUUACUUAAUGUGUUGUAAACCGAUACAUGUGAGAUAUAUACCAUGUAUGGAUGGGUUUUUUUUUAUAUGGCAAGCGGGUUCUACUCUUCCUUCCCUCGUAUGAAGGCAGAGCCGCAUGUUUUCCUUUUUCCUUUUAAUCGGGUGUCAUGAAUUCUUGGAUUUUCGUUCAUUUCCAGAAUCUUGUUUGUUU